AGAGAGGAGUGGGCUGACAGCACGCAGGGCAGAGCCCGGGCAGCUCUGCCGGCCACCCGCCACUCCACACCUGCUCCCGGGACACGGCCGGCGGCCACCGGGGAACCCGGUGGCCCCGACAGGACGGAGCCUGGCUUUCUUCCCGGACCAUCUUCUGCUGGGAUUGGAAACGGAUCCCCCAGUGGGGUCCAGGUGACCCCUCGGGAGAGAAUGGCCCACAGGGGAGGCGGCACACGGAUGGCCUGGCUGCCCAUCCUGGUGGCGUCCCUGGCAUGCUGGGCCGGAGCGGAGGACCCCACCUGCGGCGAGAACGAGUUCUACAACCAGACCGCGGGUUUGUGCCACGAGUGUCCCCCGUGCGGCCCGGGGGAGGAGCCCUACCUGUCCUGCGGCUACGGCACCAGAGACGAGGACUACGGCUGCGUCCCCUGCCCCGCGGAGAAGUUCUCCAAGGGCGGCUACCAGAUCUGCCGGCGCCACAAGGACUGCGAGGGCUUCUUCCGGGCCACGGUGCUGACGCCGGGGGACACGGAGCACGACGCCGAGUGUGGGCCCUGCCUGCCCGGCUACUACAUGUUGGAGAACAGGCCUCGGAACAUCUACGGCAUGGUCUGCUACUCCUGCCUGCUGGCGCCCCCCAACACCAAGGAAUGUGUGGGAGCCGUCUCGGGAGUCUCUGCCAGCUUCCUGCGCACGCCCGGCAGUAGCACCCUGUCCCCGUCCCAGCUCGCCCACAGAGCAGAGCUCUCGGGCCAAGGACACCUGGCCACGGCCCUGGUCAUCGCUAUGUCCACCAUCUUCACCAUGGCCGUCGCCCUCGUCCUCAUCAUCAUGUUCUACAUCCUGAAGGCCAGGCCUCCCGCCCCAGCCUGCUGCCCCAGCGCCCCCGUGAAGAGCCCGGAAGCCCCCGUGAGCGAGGAGGAGGAGAAGAAAGAGGUCCCAGACAGCGUGGUGAUGUUCUCCGAGCAGGACGAAUUCGAGAAGCUGACGGCAGCUCCGGCGAAGUCGGCCAAGAGUGAGAACGACGCCUCGUCGGAGAAGGAGCAGCUGCUGAACCGGAGCCUGGACAGCGACGAUGGGCAGGGCCCCCCGGAGCUGUGCCUGCUGUCGCUGGUGCACCUGGCCAGGGAGAAGGCGGCCACCGCCACCAAGGCAGCCGGGAUUCAGAGUCGAAGGAAGAAAAUACUGGACGUGUAUGCCAACGUGUGUGGCGUCGUGGAAGGCCUCAGCCCCACGGAGCUGCCGUUCGACUGCCUGGAGAAGACCAGCCGGAUGCUCAGCGCCACGUACAACUCGGAGAAGGCCGUGGUGAAGACGUGGCGCCACCUGGCCGAGAGCUUCGGGCUCAAGCGGGACGAGAUCGGGGGCAUGACGGACGGCCUGCAGCUCUUUGACCGCAUCAGCACGGCCGGCUACAGCAUCCCGGAGCUGCUCACCAAGCUGGUGCAGAUCGAGCGGCUGGACGCCGUGGAGUCCCUGUGCGCAGACAUCCUGGAGUGGGCGGGCAUCCCGCCACCCGCCGCCCUGCCGCCCCCCGUGUCCUGA